ACUCUAUCCCAGAUCAGUGUCUCGGGUCUGCAGCAGCUCGCAGGGCAAGAGUUCACCGGUCUGUCGCUAACUUACCCGGGGAGUUUCUCUCAGUUUGACGAGAGCUCCGCCGAGUUUACAGCUGAACACAUGUGAUCAAGGAAGGAGUAGCGCUCCGCAACACAACUCCACACUUCACCCAUGGAUAGAAGUUAAAGCCUCUGAGGAACACCGGAUAAGUUACAGGCGGAGGUUUCACUCACUGUAGGGACGGACGGGCAGCGGCGAUGCCCGUUUAACCGGAGGAAGAUUCCUGACGGUGUUUGACAGAGCGUGAGAGCAGCCCGAGACAUGAUGUCCAUUGGAGCUGAUAGCUGACACUGUAGCAUGAGAGAGGAUGGAGCAGACAGACAACCCUGCCCCUGAGAGCAACAACCCUAAUGGGUUUGUCAACCGAGUGUUUAGUGUUUCUCUGGAUGUGGAGAAUGAGACGAGCAGUGUUUAUAUUCAGGAGCCUGGGCCAGUGCCUGCAGAGGGGCAGGGAGGGACCCAAGCUGCCUCUUCUCAGUCCCCUGUCAAGGACAGACAGGAGGUCAACCGGAGGCCCCGUGCCACGGGCGGCAUCUGGAAGAUCUUGAAUCGAAAGAGAGCUAUGUCCGAGCUGGAGAGGCGACCCCACUCCAUGAUCUUGCCCGGGGAGGCUUUCAUCCCUAAACUCUCAUUUGCUGACAAAGUUCGCUCCUUCAAGAAGCUCAAGUCGCCCUCUGUUUUCAGGGGGAAGGCAGGGAAACUGUCAACAGCCAGGUUCGGCAGCUCGUUUGUUGACGAGGAGUCUUUCUGUGGGGACAUUGGCACUCCACAGCAGUCCAGUAGGGGCACGCUUCGACACCGUGGCAAGCGGCACUCGUAUGCUGGCUACACUGGUGAAUUUGACUGCUCGUUUGAAGAUAUUGACCUCUCAGCUACUUUGGACAGGCAUCAGCCCACUGUGACAGGAGAGGCUGUGACUCAGAAUGGUUGUAAAUCAUCUGAAAGAGUUUCCUAUACCAAGAGAAGCCACAACAACUCAAACAACUGUAACAAAACAGCUUCAGGCUAUGAAGAGCCCAGCAUCAAGGGGAGCCUGCGCAACCACCAGGGGAGAGGGAGGAGGCAAAAAGAUGUGUGGAGUUACCUGAGGAGGAUUUCUCUUCUGGGGAAGGCUAACCCUGUUUACUCAGAGAGCUUUGACUCUGAACUCCCCUCUCUGGACAAAACCAUCGACUCAGACUAUGGCUCUGUAGACUUUGAGAUUGUCAGAGACUUGCAACCUCCGCCCCCGAAACACUCUGACACCAAGGGGCACUUUGGUGGCCUGUUCAAGUUUUUCAACAGCGUAGCAGAGACGGCCAGAAAAUGGCGGACGACAUCUCGUUCCUUUUCGCCUCCAGAGGGAGAGGCGACUCCGAUGAGCUCCCCGCGGGCUCCACCGCGCACAGUGGACAACAUUCACAGUGUGUCCCUGACGCUUCACAGCGAAGGACUUCCAACAUCCCAGCCUAACCCGUCGUCACCAGUGAACACUAAAUCCUCACACUCCAGUUGCUUUGAAAGCGAUUCUACAGUGCCUGCGACAGGGGGACGAUCCCCUAAGGUGGUCCUGAAAGCCUCCAGGGCAUGCUCAAGAUCUCAAGCUGUCAAUGGCCUCCAGAGCUCUGAGGGUACAGACAAACAUAUGGAUGGAGAGGCAAACCACACGUCCACAGCCAUAGUAGAGAAUCACAUCCCUCAGUCAUGUCCAAACACAGAGUCUAAAUACGUAACAGGGGUUAAAAGAGAUCCAUCACCCUGUCUCUGUCAAGAGGAAAAGGUAGAGGGACAGACAGGAAAUGAACAGGAUUCCAAGGAUGCUCCACCUGUCUCCCACCAGAUACAGGAAGUGAAUGUGCAAUCACAACAAGGUGAUAAAGAGAGUACAACCAAUAGCGUGCCUGCAUCAGAUUCCACAGAGGAAAUAUUCAAGGCCUUGUCUCGCCCCCCGGGUGUGUCACCAUUAGAGCCCCCACUUCGGGCAUCUCUCCAGCGGUGCAGCUCUCUGCCGCUUUCCCCCCGCACACUCACGGCCUUGGCGAGGCUGCUGCCUCACUCAGAUAUGGGUCAGUUGUCAUCUUCGGUGCGUUUGCGCUCUGGAGACUCCGGGAGCUGCAGGAGGAGGAGGCUGUUGAGACCUGGCUCAGAACCACUGCAGGUCAACAUGUUGAUAAGUGGAGGUUCAAUCGUCAAUGCUGAGGCGGUAUGGGACCAUGUGACCAUGGCGGACCGGGAGUUGGCGUUUAAGGCCGGCGACGUCAUCAAGGUGCUGGAUGCCUCCAACAAGGACUGGUGGUGGGGCCAGAUUGAUGAGGAGGAAGGAUGGUUCCCUGCCAGCUUUGUACGGGUGGAACCCCACCCUCCUCAGCCCCAAACAAAACAGGUUUUCUAUAUCAACCCCAUAGCAACUCCACGGUUCCAAAACACCACGUCAAAGCUGUGGGUGAACCAGGAGGACGGGGGAGUGGAGCCAGCUGAGGGGACCAGUGAGGUGCAGAACGGGCACCUGGACCCGAGCAAUGACUGCCUGUGUCUGGGCUCUCCUCUCCAGAACCGAGACCAGAUGAGAGCCAACGUCAUCAAUGAGAUCAUGAGCACAGAGAGACACUACAUCAAACACCUCAAGGACAUCUGUGAGGGCUACCUGCGCCAGUGCAGGAAGCGCGUGGACAUGUUCAACGACGACCAGCUGAAGGUCAUCUUUGGCAACAUCGAGGACAUUUACCGCUUCCAGAUGGGCUUCGUCAGAGACCUGGAGAAACAGUACAACACGGAGGACCCGCACCUCUCUGAAAUCGGACCAUGCUUUUUAGAACAUCAAGAUGGUUUUUGGAUCUACUCGGAGUACUGUAACAACCACCUGGACGCCUGUAUGGAGCUGAGCAAGCUGAUGAGGGACGGCAGGUACCAGCACUUCUUCGAGGCCUGUCGCCUCCUCCAGCAAAUGAUUGACAUCGCCAUAGACGGCUUCCUGCUCACCCCUGUCCAGAAAAUCUGCAAAUAUCCACUCCAGUUGGCCGAGCUGCUCAAAUACACCGCGCAGGAGCACAGUGACUAUCGAUACGUGGCAGCAGCCCUGGCAGUAAUGCGGAACGUCACUCAGCAGAUCAACGAGAGGAAGAGGAGGCUGGAGAAUAUUGACAAAAUCGCCCAGUGGCAAGCUUCUGUUCUGGACUGGGAGGGAGAUGAUAUCUUGGACAGGAGCUCGGAGCUCAUCUACACAGGGGAGUUGUCAUGGAUCUAUCAGCCGUACGGACGCAGCCAGCAGCGAGUCUUCUUCCUCUUUGAUCACCAGCUGGUCCUCUGUAAGAAGGACUUGAUACGCAGGGAUAUCCUGUACUACAAGGGCCGCAUUGACAUGGACCGCUACGAGGUGCGGGACGCCUUAGACGGGCGCGACGACGACUUCAACGUCAGCGUGAAGAACGCCUUCAAGUUGUGCAACAAAGACAGCGAGGAGAUCCACAUCUUCCUGGCCAAGAAGCCGGAGGAGAAGAUCCGCUGGCUCAGGGCCUUCCACGAGGAGAGGAAGAUGGUGCAGGAGGACGAGAAAAUCGGUUUCGAGAUCUCUGAGUACCAGAAGCGGCAGGCGGCCAUGACAGUGAGAAAGGUGACUAAACAGAAAGGUGUAAACAGGUGCACGCCCCCCUCAUACCCGCCCCCGCAGGACCCCCUCAGUGCAGGGCAGUAUGAGGUAACGGAGGACAUGGCACAAGGAGAGGUUUUUGAAUUCAGUCAAUCCAAAAGAGGCCAGGCUCCCUUCUGGCAGAAUUUUAGUAGAUUAGCUCCAUUUAGGAAAUAGAGAUACACAGACUCUUCUGAAGGACCAGCUAUUUUUCUUAGAAGCACUAAACACUGGAUGAUCCUGUCCCAUGAUGAGGAAAAAUACGAAACACACACAACACACCCAAACACAAGAGACUCCGAAGUUAAGGACCAAUGUUAAUAUAGAGCGAGAUCUGAAGCAGCAAGAGGACUGAAGACUUGGAAUGAAAACAUUGAGGAAAAAAAUUUACUCAGUUCAUCAUAUAUGUUAGUAAGGUUCUUAGUUAUCAUGCUUCUCCCGUUGAGUCAAGUGUCAUGAACUCCUUCCCUCGGAUUCUGCAUUGUUCACGCCAUCUGAAUGUCCUGGAGUUAUUGAGAUUGUUAUACUGUAUGAUUUCGUUUUUUAAAUCCAUCAUCCGGACAGAAACACAAGGCCGAGCCAGGUCACUCCUAAUGGUAUGAUUGUUUCCAAAAAAGCUGAGAUCUUGCUGUGCUGCUAUGUGAGAUUACCUAUUGCAUUCUGCUGAAUGUGAGACUGGACGAUGAUGGGCCUCCGCUCCUGGCUCUGGCGUACGACGGCACAUGUGAAGCUCGACUGUCAGCGCGUUAGAACCACCAGACCGUCAGCCCAUCUCUGCCCCGCUGAUGCCUGCGUCCGGAUCUCCUCCUCACUCUCGAUGCUCCACGCUCACCUCCUCUAGCCCGUCUGCAAACACACAGUCGUAGCCCUCUGACGUCAGCGCCGCCCUCCCCUCUUUGCAUCCCUCUCUAUCUCUCUACCCACCUGCUCGGCCUCCGUGAGUCAGUGGCUCUCAGAGGAAGAGCCUCGCUGUCUUGGAAGCUCGCCAUUGGCUGUGAUACGACGGGUCAGGGAACAAAUCAAUAGUCAGAACAUCAAUAGAAUAUUUACAUCCUUUCACCCAACCAAUUCUGACAGGGUAUUCAUAUCCAAUCACGCCAAGGGGGCUGUGGGGUCGCGCUUGCCCCUCUGAUGAAACAGCUGGGCGCUGGAGAUAGGCACGCUACGCUCCACCUGCCUCGUGUCAGAGCCCCCCCCCACUCUCCCCAGAGACCACCCCUGUAGCACUGUGCUGGCAGCUCACUGGGUGUUUGGAAAGAGCGUGGCCUACCUCCGGAAAUCCACCGUGAACUAAAAGUAACGUUGAUGCAUUGGCCAAGGUCGUAAACGAUCUCUCUUUUUCUUGUCAGCUGUUAAGAAAACAGACUUCUUCUUCUUCUUCUUCUUCUUCAGUUGACUUUAUUAUUUUGUAUUGCUCACACUGUAAAAAAGCACAGCACAUAUUCAGUCUGAGGAGUACUUUAGCAGGGGCAAUGCCACAGCGUGACAGAGCAGACUAGCGUUCUGUCCAGCACAAGGGGAAACGGUCAGAGAAAAAUGGAACAGAACGACAGCGUGAGUCGUGAGUCAGUGCUGCAAAGAAAAAAAGUGCACUGCAAGAAGCGUUAGCCGAAACCGUAGGGAGGCAGAAAGGUGAAUUCAAUCUGUAGCACGCAGGUGUCGUCUGACAGAUUCAUGAAUCUCCGAAGAGUGCAGCUUCAAAUCUUGGCACUCUUCCUCUGCCGCCGCGUUCGUUGUUCCAGAUCUGAUCCGUGUUCUGGCGGUUAGCUGCGGCUCUCGCUAAGUGAUUUACAAAGGACUGUGGCCCGAGAUGAGAUUGAUCUGUUUAAUCAACAAAAAGCCGCUGCGAGAGAGAGAGAGAGAGAGAGAGAUCCUGCCACAGAGUCCGUCAACGGGGGAGUUAGAAAGAGAAGAUGGACUGAGGAGAAACUACCAACUCACACACAACACGAAGGUGUAUUCUUUUCUACAGUUGGAAUGUAAGUGAAACAAACGCCUGUCCAUGAUAUGUGAUCAUAGUUUGACCUCAGACACAGACGUACACUUUGUGUUGAAUUAUUAUCACCUGACGGACAGUACAUAUACAGUUUGACAACUUGUGCGAUGUGAUAUAUCAUUAUAUAUCUUCACUAUUCACUACAACGUGAUAUGAAAGAGUUAUAUAUCGUUCUAUGUCAUUUGUUUGCCUUCUUACAGGCCUUAUAACCUAUUGGAAAAAAAAAGACCUUCGAACUUGCUUUGUAUGUUGUGUAAUUUAUGUUUUGUUUCAGUAAAGAAAGUUGAGAAACGGGUGAGUUGGCUGCUGGUGUCUGUAGAGAUGGCUCCCAGUGAGAUUGUUUUUUUUUAUUUACUUUUCUUUGGAAGAUAACUCCCUCGUCUGGCACAGCAAAAAUGUAUGGUUCCCAGGCCAUGAUAACCUCAGGUCCAGUGCUAAGCCCGCCUGCCCAGCCCCAUCGCCACACUCCUCCAACACCCAUCCCCCCCACCCCACCCCGACUCCACGCCACCGCCACUACCAACAUUCAGACACAAGCAUGCAGGCACACACACACACACACACACACACACAAACACACACGCAAACACAUGAUCAUGCACAUACUUGCUGGCCCGUUCUGCUGCGGAGAAGAGAGAUGCUAUCUAACAGUGCCUUCCAGCAUUCCACUAGUGAUUAUCUAUUCAGUUUCACAGGCAGAUUUGAAUUAGUCAUGUAUUUUCCCUUCAGUGUGGGACUUGCCUCUCUCUCUUCUCUCUCUCUCUCUCUCUCUCUCUCUCUCUCUCUCUCUCUCUCUCUCUCUCUCUCUCUCUCUCUCUCUCUCUCUCUCUCGCUCUCUCUCUCUUUCUCAUACACACUGGGAAUCCCUGAAUCACUUAAGAGGUCAGGCCGUUUCCAUACGAGUAGAUACUGUGCUGUCUGACUAAAUCACUUAAAAACACCAUAUUAUAUAUUAUGUCACGCUUGCAUUGCUGUAGUUUUAUUGCACACUUUAAAAAAUGACUAAUUUCAGAUGUUUAGAUAAAAAAUAGUUUCAUUUAUCUAUUUAACAUGCUGAGAGAUGAUUUAAUUUCAAUAUAUAUAUAUAUAUAUAUAAGUAGGAAACGAGGAAUUCAUUAGUUCACAUUUCAAAGUAUAUUAUUAACGAGUGAGUUAUAAAUCCAAAAGAAGAGUCAUCUAUUUUACCUUUAUCGGCUACACACUGUAAAUACUGUAAAAAGGACAGAUCAUAUAUUUGGAUAUCGGUAUUUUGCGUUGGAGACGAAUGUUGUUCCAGUUCUAGCGUGCGGUAGACCUCAGUACCAGGUAAAUGCAUGCUUGUGGCAUCCAAUAUUUUGCAUGAGACUUAAGACAACUCUUAGCAGAUUGUUUAGUUUCAUUUGACUCCCACUGGGGUUCCUGUUUUCUUUGAAUGCACCACAACGCAGAACCGUUCAUUUGUUAAGCCACGCCAUCUCACUGAAGGGAGUUCUUCUCUCUUUCCACCUGUCUCCUGCUCACAUCGCGCCGCAGGUCGUAGCUUCUGUUUGUAUUUAUUGUCGAGGAGAGGGGACGUCCUCCCCUGGUCAAAGACUGAACUGUUGAUAGGUGAUGUGAAAGGCACUGAUGAUCUCUUAGCCCAGAUAUAAUGGGUACUAUAUAAACUAACAUUGUUUUAAACCCUUUAUUAUUAUUAUUUCUUUUCUUUGACUUUAACCAAUGCUGUCAUGGUCCAACCCGCUGGUUGUUUUCUUUUAGAAUGCCAUUAACUGCUGAGGCAAAAAAAAAAAAAAAACGGGUAUCAUUUUUCUAUGACAACAGUGAGCCAAAUAGGCGUAAACACCGAUCACGGGUGUUUGUGUAUAGAUUUGUAGUCGAGCAGAAGAGAUGAAUAAAUGCUAGAACCUCUCGGGAUGAUCUAAAAAUAUAUGUAAUCCCGAAGUCACAAAGACAUACACACACACGCACACACAAAACUGCAUUGCAAUACAUAUCAUGCUUUGUUUCAAAUGGCAAAUGAUCCUUUCGGAGUACAAUGACUUGACAGUGCAAAUUGAUUCCUCACUUGUAUUUAUUGAAUGCAGUAGUAAGCAGCACCAUUUUGGCCACAUUUAGAACGAUAUAUAUAUAUAUAUAUAUAUAUACAUACGAUAUAUAUAUAUACGUAAUUAUCAGUCUGACCUUGUACUGCGAGCUGAGAGGACAGCCUUCUGUGCAGAUUUUUUAUCUUUCUCUUUUCAGUCAUAAAACCAAGACAGCCAACUUAGCAGACUGUCCCUAGUUUGCUCUUUAAUCCGGGGGUUGUGCAUGAGCCAGUAGAUCGCGUUCACUCACAUUUAGCGUAGCGACAUCCUGAAUAGGAGCUCCUGGUGUAGUGGGAUAUUGUUUCAGAAUAGUCAGGGUACAGCAGCGUCUUCAAUGAGCCACAUUCUCAAAGUGGUGUUACAACAAGGUGAACAGAAGACUGACAUCCUACAAUUUAAAUCGAUUCAUUGUAUAUAGCCAUGUAGUUUGAGGUCUGGAUUUUUUUCACAGUAGAAUUUACUCACAGUAUCUACAUCCUUUGUCACCAUAUGCAAACUUUCUGUUGUUUUCUUUCUUGCUGGCCUUUUUCAGUUUGAUUAUUUGUUGUAGAAAUAAAAAAAAAAAAAAAAACUUAAAAAUUAUGCCUAUUCAAUCCAGAAACUGUGAAUGGGAGAGUGGAGAUGUCAACUGUAUGUACAUUAUGUGUUUUGAUGUAAUCAGAAGCACUGGGAAUAUGUUGUUCUUCGCUGUAAAAAAUAAAUCCAUAUCUGAUAUAGCUGUACUUUUGUUGAAAAUAAAACCUCUACCAGAA